AUGAAUUGGUUUAAACAGACACUCGCAAAUGUCGUAGGAACUGAGGAGCCCGAGUAUGGUUCUGCAGGCAUUCGAACGGUGACAGCUCAGGCUGAGAAGACUCCAUACACAGAGUUGACGAAGAAAGAUUUGCAAUGGAAGGCUCAAGAGAGUACAAAUGUAGAGACUCAGACCUUCUAUAUGAUCUCAGAUGAGGGUAAAGUUGCAUCUGUUCAGAUGAUUUACAACAAUGUUGCCGGACUUCGAACAACUUGUCAGCUCAAUGUGGAAGUAUUCAACCACAAAGGUCCCGAACAAUCUGACCAUCUUUGGCUUUCUGAUGCGCUCGAAAACUAUGGCUUCGACGAAGAAAUGGUUUCGUUCUACGCCGACGGGCUUUCAAUUGCUCUGAAUGAGGCUGGUGACGAGUACACUAUUAAAGCCGCUCGUAAUGAGUCUGGGCUUGUCAAUCUUGUAUUCAAGCGAGCAGCUCCUGGCUUCCAGGUGGGAGAGAACGGAACCACCUAUUACGGUACUGACCCCGCCGCACCCUGGGGAGAGAUGAGGCAUCGUUUCUGGCCUCGAUGCACCGUCAGCGGGACAAUUACCACACCUGAGAAGAACUAUGACUUCAAAGGACGCGGUAUUUUUAUUCACGCCAUCCAAGGCAUGAAACCCCACCACGCUGCAGCAAAAUGGAACUUUUUGACUUUCCAAACGCCUACCUACUCAGCCAUCAUGAUGGAAUUCACAACCCCGGCCUCUUAUGGUCACACCUCUGUGAAUGUUGGGGGUGUCGUAAAGGACGGCGAGAUCGUAUACGCUGGUGCUACCAACACUGUAAAGCAUACUGAGUCAAAGGAGGACCCAGAGACUCUUUGGCCAGAACCUGUUUCGGUGGAGUAUAAGUGGGAAGGCAAGAGUAAAUCUGGCGAUUUCACUGCACUUUUGAGUGGACCGCUUGGGGAAAGAACAGACAGAGUUGAUAUUCUAUCCCACAUCCCCAGUUUUAUCAAAUCGGUUGUUGGAGGAGUUGUUGGAACUAGACCCUUUUGUUAUCAGUGGGCUAUCCCUCCAACAGAUUCCCUUGUUCUCAAGAUCAAAGAUGGCGAGACAGUUGUAGAGGAACAAGGAACGCUCUUCGGCGAAUCAACCUUCAUUUUGUAG